AUGGAGACGGGCGGGCGCGGCGCGGCUGUCAGCGGCGGGCGCGCGGCCGCGGGGGGCCGCCGGAGGAAGGCGCGGGCCGCGGCCGGGACCCUCGCGGCAGACAUGGACUUGCAUUGUGAUCGCGCCGCCGAGCCACCGGCCGCCGAGCCGCCGUCGGGCAAGAUUAACAGAGCCGCCUUCAAACUGUUCAAGAAGAGGAAGCCGGGCGGCGCGAUGCCCAGCAUCUUCGGGGUCAAAAACAAAGGGGACGGGAAGGGCGCGGGGCCCGCGGGGCUGGUGCGCAGCCGGACGCACGACGGGCUGGCCGAGGCGCUGGCGGUGGAGGGCGGCCGCCGCGAGGAACCGCGCGCGGGCGGCGGGGACGGGGCGCGGCCGGGCCCCGCGGCCCCCCGGGCGGCCCCGGGCGGCGCGGGCCCGGCGGCUGGCGGCUCGGUGGCCAAGUCGCACAGCUUCUUCUCGCUCCUGCGGAAGAACGGGCGGCCCGAGAGCGGCGGGGCGGAGCAGGCCGACGCGGGCAAGGCCGGCGGCAGACAAAAGCGGGGGCUGCGGGGGCUCCUGGGCGGCGUGCGCUGGCGCAGGAAGGACCGGCGGCCCAAGGACGCGGCGCCGGCCGGGCGCGCGGGGGCCCCGGGCAGCCUGGCGCGGCCGGGCUCGCUCACCGCCAGCCUGGAGUGCGUCAAGGAGGAGGCGCCCGCGGCCGCGCGCGAGCCGGAGCCAGCAGGUGAGCCCGCGGCGGGGGAGCCGGAGCCGGCCUGCGCCCCGGGAGAGGGCGCCGCGGGACCCGGGCGCGCCGAGCGGCCCCGCGCGCCCCCCGAGCCCGAGCCCGAGCCGCGCGCCGGGGAGGGCCGGCCGGCCGAGGACGCCGCGGGGCCCGGGGCCGCGCCGGCCGAGACUGCGCCCCGGCCCGACUCCGAAGGCGGCCGCGCGCCCGCCGCCCCCGACCCUUCUUCGGUCGAUCCGCCCUCCGACCCAUCGGCCGAUCGUAUUUGUCUGAUGUUCUCUGACGUGACUUCACUGAAAAGCUUUGACUCUCUUACAGGCUGCGGAGAUAUUAUCGCAGACCCCGAGGACGAGGCAGGGCCCAGCUGUGCCAGGCAUGCCCCCGCGCCGGGCCAGCCGGGCCCCGCCCAAAAGCCCCCCGGCGUGGUGGCCUACCAGGGAGGCGGGGAGGAGAUGGCGAGCCCGGCCGAGGCGGACGACUCGUACCUGCAGGAGUUCUGGGACAUGCUCUCCCAGACCGAGGACCAGGGCCCCGGGCCCCAGCAGGGGGCGGCCCCGGCGGCGGCGGCGGCGGCGGCGGCGGCGCCCGAAGCGCAGGUGGCCUCCGAGACCCCCAAGGACGCCAGGCGGGCCGAGGGGGCCAAGGACGCGUCCUCGGUCAAGCGCCGGAGGCUGCACCGGCUCCCCACGGAGCUCCAGCCGAAGGAGGAGCCCAAGCACCCGGACGAGGAGCCGCAGGAAGGCGUCCCCAACAGCGACGAGGGCUACUGGGACUCCCCCACCCCCGGGCCGCGGGAGGACGGCUCGGGCGGCGGCGUGAGGAAGGCGGGCGUCCCCCGGGACAGCGACAGCGGUGACGCGCUCUACGACCUCUACGCCGAGCCCGAUGGAAGCCCCGCGGCCCUGCCCGCCGCCGCCGAGGACACGUCCUGCUCGUCCCGGUUAAAGCCCGUGUCUCCGGUCACCGUCACCUGUGCUCUGCGAACGCCGGGGAGCUUGCCGAAGGACUCCAAGAUCCCGAUCAGCAUCAAGCACCUCGCGAACCUUCCACCCAGCCACCCGGUGGUGCACCAGCAACCAGCUAGGAGCGAGCUGCCCAGAACCAAAAUCCCCGUGUCCAAGGUGCUGGUCCGCCGGGUCAGCAGCCGGGGCUUGGCCGGGACCACCCUCCGGGCCGCGGCGUGCCACGACAGUGCCAAAAAGUUGUGAGGUCUCCGAGGCCGAGGUGGAGGGGCCGCUUGUCGAGGAACACAACUUUCCCCGGAAACCACUGCGGCAAGUUUUGCACCCCUCAAAGAAAGGCCUUUCGGACCGUCCCUGCUCCGAGCCUGGACCAAGGAGGUCUUUGUGUCGCCAGCAGGGGCAGGAUACACCAGGCAGGGGAUGCCACACGCGGGAUUUCCCCUCCAGAUAAGUCCCUGAGAAUUAUUUUCAAGCACUUUUUUUUUCUUUUUUACCUUUUUAAAAAUCUUUUUUUUCUUUCUUUUUUCUUUAAUGCACUGAACGCUAGGAAGUCACCUUUACUUGCCUUUGCAGAAGACAGAACUUAAUCCAAUCUAAGGAAGCGUCACGCCAUGAUAUUUGGCUGUGCCGUGUCCAGCGGGCCUGCAGGAACCAUCGGGAGAGUCAGAGGAGCCCUCCUCUUCCUGACACUUUCCUUCCUUCUUUUCCUUUUCCUUUCCAGGAAAAAAAAAAAAAAAAAAAAAAAGGACCCUUUGCUGUAUCACUGUGUGGAAAACACCUACAAAGCUGAGUCAGGUAAUUUACCUGAUGAGCGGAAGCAUCACUGAUUGGCAGAAACCCCGGUACUUUCAGUUGCUAGGUGUGCAAAUAGGUAUUUAUCUACCACUAGGACGAUCAAGGAGAGUUUGGGUUUGGUGGGUUUAUUUCGAUCAUUUGUUUGGAGAGAAAAAAAAAGCUCAGCAGAGCAGGUUUCCCUCCCUUUUUUUUUUCCACCCAGUGCAGAGAUCAAGAUCAGGGAAAGAUUGCACUAAAUGCCAACAGACACAGUGUUUUAGCAUUUAUAAACUGUAACCUUUUCAUGUGUAGAUGAUGCAUAUUUUACAGAUUAUCCAGCUGUCAACCUUUUAUAAUCUGUCCGUAACCUCGAGUUUAAAAUCUGGUUUUAUAGCUAGACACGAUAACCGUUCCCAAACCAUUGAUGGUCUUUUAUGUACUCUAAGCGGAAGCAAUUCUGUUUUUGUUUUAUGUGGGUUCUCUGGCUUUCAGUGCAGGAAAAAUAAUCUAUUGUGUUGAUGUCCCAAAGGAAUGGUUCUGCCUUGUCUUGGGUUAAGAGUCUGUUUGUUUUUCACCCCAGACCCUGGUUUUCAGAGAUUUUACCUUGGUUAUAAAAAUUUUGGAUUCAACCAUUUCUUAGUAUGGGGAGUCCAAAACGAGGAACACAUAAAGAAAAACAAUAGAAAAUGUAGUUUUUCCUGUCAUUUGACUUCUGCUUUAUAGACGUAGGACUGAGCCACGUAUGUUCAGAAUAUGACACUGGGAAGCUUAUGUAUCAUAAACAUUGUGUGCCAAGAUUAUUUUUGAAAAGUGGUUGACUUAUAUGUGUGUUUUCUAUUAUUUUAGAUGAAAUAUUUAUUUCAGAAAGCAUUACCAUAUGCCUCGAUAGUUUGAAUGAUAAACUGAAGCCGUUCCUAGAAUGCUGUUAGGGUCUAAUGAUUAUAGAAUAUCCUCUUUGAAAUGUAUUUCAGUGUAUUUAAUCAAAAGACCAGAGCUUCGACUAGGAGAUGAUUCACAGUAUCAGGAAGGUUACACAUAUUCAAGUGAAACUACACACACGUAAAAGACAUGCACACUUCUCUCUAACUCUCAUUUUCCAGAGAGAUUCCCUGAGUAAUGAACUGGUAGUACCCGUUUUUUAAGUUAGUUUUCUGUUUUAUAAAGGAAAGAAAAAGGCAAGUUAAGUAUAUGAAAACUUAUUUUAAUAAUAUGAAAGGAGUAACGAAAUAAACAGAUAUCAGAGGAAUACAAAUCCGGGCCAGUAGCACAAAGCAGGUUGUUCCCCAUUUUAAAUCUGCGGUGAUUCAAUUAGAAGAGGUGGUAGAGAUUGGCUAAGUUUCUUUAUUAUUCAGAUUACUGGCUUUUAUUGUGUCAUGUCAGAUCCUUAAUGUGAUUUUAAAGUAGUGUUUUAAUAUUUAAUUUCCUUAUGUCUGUAGAUGAGGUCUUGUAGGCAGACAUAGCCUUAAGCACUCUGAAUACACCACCAGGAAUUCAUAAAGCAGCUCACAUUCACACGUGCUCACGCACUCAGCUGUGUACAACUAACAGACAAAGGCGUUCACCGUACACUUGGAGAUGUUUUAGAAAUUAGUUCUGUCUUGAGAAAGGGAUUUGAAUAUGAUUCAACGCUGAUAGUAUUACUUAGACUCCAGAUACAUUCAUGUUCCCCCAGUGAAUGGGAAGAACAUACAUUUUAUUCCUAGCUGUAAAACAAAGGAUCUUUCUUUUCUUCCCGUGCAUCUUCUUGCAGGGGUUAGAGUCUCCCCUGCAUGAAUCCAUGACAGAGUUAUAUCUGUUCACUUGUUCAAUUGCACAGUGAAGGUAAGAGGCCCUGAAGGACUCAUGAGGACAUUGUAAUAGUAAAGGCAACCUAUUUAUCUAUUUUGUAAGCACUGGAACAAAGUAUUUUUGCUUUCACAGUUUUGGGACUUGUUUCCGCAUUUACACCACUGUGCUGUGUCUUGUUUUUAUAAGUAAAGGAAAAUGUCAGCAACGUUUGCCUUAUUUUCCCCCUGCCUGUCAGUGAACCACUUAUGCAAGAUUUAAACUAUUUUCUUUUUUGUUCUUUUUUCCAUAUAUUUUCCAUGUUUUUUUGUUUCUGUUUUUGUUUUUGUUUUUGUUUUGACUCUAUCUUUAAGAAUUCCACCCACACCAGUCAAAUGAAGGAUUCAGGCAAUGAAUUAAAUGGCCUCAAUCACCUGAUGGCAAAUCAAGACCAGUACAGGGAGGUGUGUCUUAACCUUUUCCAACCACAGACAGGGGAUGGUAGUUGCCUUUUUGUACCAAGGGCUACUUUCUCUCAUUCAUGUUCAUGGGGAUUGUUUCCUAGGAUUUUAAUGGAUUUACAUUCCAGUUGUUACGGGUUGGCCAAAAAGUUUGUUCAGGUUUUUCCGUAAGAUGUUACUUUUUGGCCAACCCAAUAUUAAUGCAUUGUCUAAUUUGGUCAUAUCUGCUGAUUUUUUAAGGAAGGGAUUGGAUGUGGGCUGCUGACACCUUUCCUGUGUGUCUGUGUUUCUGAGAUACUCGGUUGAUUAAGUCCCUUUAGUCAGAGUUGGCCAAAUUCUAUAGGAAAAAGUCACAUCGAUUGUUGGCCCUGAAUUUGUCAGUCAGUUCAAUAGCUCUGCACAAAGACAGCCUGACUUCAGUGUCUGCAUUACCUGGGCAGUGUUACUUGGGCCACUGUGCUGCGGUACUAAUGCUUUCAUGCUUCCGUUAGCCCUAUAGCAUUUUGAGUAAUCGCAAGAGGAAAUAGAUUUGUGUCAUUUCACCUAAUAACAACAAUGGAAUGAAGACUGUUAAGGACUUCCUUUAGCUCCAUUUCCCACAGAUUAUCUGCCUAUUUAAAUACAAAGUGUGUGAGAUCUAUGAAAGUGAUGACUUAGGAGUUUAAGGGUAUCUGCCUAUUUUAAUACAAAGUGUGUGAGAUCUAUGAAAGUGAUGACUUAGGAGUUUAAGGGUUUAUUCAUUAAUCUCAGAAGUAGUGUUCAGGUAUUGGCACUCCCAUGAAUAUUCAUAUAACCCUUUGCCUACACAGUUGUCAAAGUAAAAAGAUGGUAUCAGGGACCGAGACGUCUUUGGCUGAACUUUCCAAGUUUUCAUUAUUUACGUCUUUGUCAGAUUAAUUUUCAGCAACCUUUUACUGUUAACUUUGUAUGAAGAGAUUGGUUAGUGAGCGUGCCGUCCUCUCCCUCGGUCUCCAUCAUGUUUGCUUGGUGCCCUCAGGUAGCAGUGCUGGGACACUGCUCAGGAUGUUCGCCUGUUCUGACAUUCGUACAGUGGAACUCAGUCCCCGUUUGUAGUCGUUCCUGAUUUCUCUCCUGAAUUAGGACUGUCUGGACGUGGCCCCCUGUGCUUGGCUUCUACAUUCACAGGCACUUCGCUCCCUCUAUCACUGUUAAGAAAUUAAUCCAAGAAUUUUAUGCCCUUAAACAUAUGGAAAAAGAAUCACACUUGCCUCUUAUUUCCCACCACUGAGGACGGCCCAUUAGAAGUACCUGAAUGAAAUAAGAGGAGAAACCCAAAUACCCCGGCCCAAUCCCAUUUCCCUCCCCUUAGCCAGGCAGACCGAGGGAUGAACAACACAGUUCUUAUUUAGGAAUUUUCAAUUCUCCAGGCACGAACAUUUAUAAAGCAGUUUAGGAGCCAAAGGCUAGCAUGGCAGCCUGGUCUCUCGGGUGGGAAAGCCAGAGGCCAGCAUUUACUUGGUGAAGAGAGGAGGCUGUGAGUGUCAGGUGACGUGGCCACGUGGUCCCUCCUCCGGGCAGGCACCCAUCCUGCGACCCCGUGCUGCUCUGAAGGUUCUCCAGUGGCCGUGCCGGAUGGCUUCUUACAGCCUUUUCACUGUGAUGACCGCGGAGAUGAGGCAGUUUGUUGUAACGAUAGCCACUCACAAGGAAAGUUGUUGUCUCCCUGCAGAUAAUGUUUCUAAGGACUGAUUCAGAGUGGUCGUUUCAUGAUUAUGGAAAGCAGCUCCUUCUCAAGCUGCAAAACAAAAGGUUAAAAUAGCCUCUAAGCCUCCAGAACUGAAACUGGGCACAUUUUAUGACUGAUAUUUACUUUAAUUCAGUGUAACACAUAUUCACGGGGCAUAUACUGGAUCUCCUGCUUAAUAAAAACCCAUUCAGUUUGGAGCUCACAAGUAGCUGUACUAUAAUCAGACAUUCUUAAUAUUCAUUAAAAACACCUUUAUUUUAUUUUACCUACUUUUAUUUUGUAUUUUUUGCUGAUAGUCUGUGGGGUGGAGCAGGGUGGGGUGAGAUUGAAUGAGGGGGGUAUGGAUUAAGUCACACAGAUUCCUCUAAAAGUAAGAAUAGUAAUUACAACAAGGAUUAACGUGUGUUGAGUACUUACUACGUGUCAGCUCCUUCCAGGAGCUUUACAAAUAUUUACCUAGCCCUCUCACAGCCAUGUGGGUUAGGUAAUACUAUCUCCCUCACAGAGCAUAUUUAAUUCAUCCUUUUGGUUUGUUUCUACCCCGUUCAUUCCAUCCAUGCAUCCAUCCAUCUCUUUCUCUCUCUUCACCUAGGACAGGGAUAGACACUCUUUAGUGACUUACAGUAGUAAUACAAGAGCUAAGAGCUGCUAAAUCGCAUCACCAGCUCACUUUCAAUAGAAAAAGAGCCAACCCAUGUCACGCAGCUGAGAACUGGUUUUGUGUCCGAGAUGUUGGUACUCACAUCAUUCCGGGGGAAGGCUGCUGCUGGGUUCCAGAGGCAAACAGUCUGCCUUGCUUUGGAGGGAUCCUCGCCUUUUGGGGAUUAACUUCAAAAGUGUAGACGGACGUCUCUUCUGUUGUCAUGAUGAUACCUGUGCCCUGAUAGGAUUUCAGUCAUGUCGAGCAGAGCACGUUUCACUUGUUUUUCUACCUGAAGCCCAGUCCAAGCUGGUUCUGGGUGUCCUGGGUUGUUUGCUGAGAUGCUAGCUGGCUCCGUGACGCCUCGCCUUGACGUGGUUCUGAACUGCAGAGACACGCUCCUGGCUCUUUAGAAAGUAGCGCGUCCCAUGUUGUCUCCGACCAUUGCAUCCUGGCCUCGAUUUUCUGAUUCAUUCAUUCAUUCAACUCAUAUUUCUUGCACACCUAUAAGUCAGUCACUGUGAAUUUGAGUAUUUUAUAUUUAAUUAAACUAGCCUAACCUAUGCUGUGUGUUUACCGCGAGCUGAGAUGAUGCUCUGUUUUCUUUGACAUUCUGUCCACGAGAACCAGGCAAGGCGGGACUUGGCUUUGUCCUACAGAGGAAGAAAAUGACGAAAAGGUGGAAUCCCUUGUCCGAAGCCACCCAUUUAGCAAGCAGUGGACGGAAUAUGAACCAGAAGUCUAACUCUACUGCUUGUGCUUUAAUUAUAAACCUCUUUUUUAGCCAUAUGAUUCAAUUCUUGUAUGAUUUAGUAAGAAACUGAUCAACGUUCUGAACAGCAAGAGCCAAACCAGAUUUUUAUGAUGGUGGAUACCAUUAAAAUGACGACUAUUUCAUUUAAAAGUGAACUUGGUUUUUUAAAAAAAUUAUUUGAUGCCUUUUGUACAUGCAAGCCUGAAAGGUAGAUCUCAGAGCUAGCGGGGUUUUUUGUUUUUUUUUUUCACACCUGACCAGUCAAAAAUUUGGGCCAUAGUCACCCAUUAUUACAUGCUAGCAGGCCUGCAUACAGAUUUUAUAAUCUGAUGACUGCUUUGUCAAUAAUAAAAACCUACAAAAGCAUUUUAUUCAUAUACGGGCUGCCCACGCUUGAUGAAAUGCUUUUUUAAUGAGAAGCAGUGAAAGAAUUCAGUCACAGGUGAUCAUUGUGUUGAAUUGUACACUGGGGUUAUUUUUGGAAAUUAUUCAGUAAUUGGGUAGAGUAACUUUCUGCUCUAUGUGAGAAGAUAGAUUUUUAAUAAAAUACAGCCUAGGUCAUUGGUUAUUAGAGGCAUAAUAAACUUUCUCAGAUCCCUAUCUGGAUGAUUAAUACACUAAAAAAGAAAAUACUAAAAAUAUCUGGUCAUAUUACACAAGGGUCUUGAAGUGACACACAGGAAAUACUUGUUAUCAUGUCAUAAGAUGAAAUGGACCAAGGGAGCCUGGAGGAAUUCAUAAACCUUCUCAAAUAACUACCUUACAAACCACGAAUCCCCCACCACACAGUUAUUUCUAAAUAAAGGAGGAGAAACUCUAACAAAAUAAUAUCUAGCAUGUUUACUGCUUCCAGGAUACAUUUAACUGAACAUGGAGGAUCCGAUGGUGGUCUUUUUACCAAGAAUAUCGGGGAAAAUGGUUUAGAUGUUAUAGACGAAGUAAAUUCCUGUCAUUUUUUAAUGGACUCCAGCUACGUACCAGGCUCAUUGCUAACUUCAGGUUUUGCCCAAGUUAUUUAUAGGAAAUAUCUCAGUGUAAUAGCGGGAAUUGCAGGUUAUUUGAAAAUAAAGACAAAGAGAACCCAAAUGAGAAACUCCAUUUCUAGAAUUAGUUUUCCUGAAAGUCAGGCAUGUCUCUGAGGACAAGCUUUUGGCUGUAUUAUUUUUGUGCACAGGAGGAAAGUUGUUAGUAGGUUUAUAGAUAUUAUUUUUAUAAUAGAAUGUUAAAGUCGCCCAAACAUCAAAAAUUGUCUCCUAAAAUUACUCUAUGUUUUUAAGACUUGUUCUAAAAAAGGGUUCUAAAUAGCAAUAGGGUCUUUUCUCUUUUCUCCUCUCCAGUGGUUUAAUGGGAUAGAUGAACCAAUGUUUAUAUUUUUAAACCUGUAAAUAUUUUAUUUUGGGUAUUUUGUAUAUUUGUUGAUAUAAUUCCAUUUCGUGCAUAUGUAUCACCGUGCAUGUUGCUGGUUUUGAUAGUCACUCUCAAUGAAUGUAAGAAGCUUGGACUAAUAGCACUUCUCUUCAUUCAAACAUCGUAAAAUGAAAAUACAGCACUGCCAUUUGAAAUGUUGUGUUUAAUUCAGUCAAUAAAUUUUGU